AAUUGUUUCGAUCUCAAGCUUAGAUUGCAAUGGUAGCAUGUAAAGAAACACAUGAGAAUAUCCAACGUAAGAGUGGUUAUUUGAUAUACACGAAGUAUGGAUUAUUUUAGUGAAGAAAACUUUGUAGGAACUAUCAUUGACAAUUUUAUUUGAUAUUUUUGGUAAAUUCUAGACAAAGAGACGCUGAAUAUAUGUACAACGGCUUCAGACGUUGUUAUCAGUGGAUUUUGAAUUGAUCAAACUGGGCCGAUCAAAUUGUUUUGAACGGAAGUUACAGACAACCUUUUGUCGCCUGCAAGUGAAUUGAUUUUUUGUAGAAUGGAAGGUGGAAUCGAAAAAGACUGCACAGCGCUUGGUGGUUUGUUUCAAACCAUCAUAAGUGAUAUGAGGGCCAGCUCUGUGGUUUGGGAAGACUUCACCAGUAAAGCAGCCAAACUUCACACAUCUCUCAAAGCUACGCUGGCUGCUAUAGGAGGAUUUCUAGAAGCUUUUCAGAAAGUUGCUGACAUGGCAACAGGGUCAAGAGGUGCUACUCGAGAUAUUGGUUCUGCUCUGACAAGACUUUGUAUGAGACACAAAAGUAUAGAGUCCAAAUUAAAGGCAUUAACAGGGUCUAUUAUUGAUAAUCUAGUCACUCCCGUACAGGAACAUAGUGAGGAAUGGAAGAAAACAGUAGCACAGCUAGACAAGGAGCAUGCCAAAGAAUAUAAAAAAGCUCGUCAGGAGAUCAAAAAAGCAGCUUCAGACACCAUGAGACUUCAGAAGAAGGUCAAGAAAGGUAAAAAUGAGAUGCAGUUGAAGUUAGACAAUGCUAUGGAGGACGUGAACAAUAAAUACCAGGCUCUGGAGACAGCUGAGAAGAACGCCGUACGGACAGCUCUGAUUGAGGAGCGCAGUCGAUUCUGUUUCUUCAUCAGCUACCUUAGGCCAUUUGUUGACCACGAGGUGGGCCUGCUAACGGAGGUCACUCACCUACAGGAGAUAAUGGACCACCUGUGUAUGCAGUGUAAUGACCCCCACACCCUCCCCCCAGCCAGCGAGCAGGUCAUCAUGGAUCUGAAGGGAUUCGAUACCAACAGUGUGUGGAACUUCUCUCAACAUUCACCCCCGAGCUCUCCGAGUUCUAUAGGAUCGCGUAAAUCCAGCAUGUGCAGCAUCAAUAGUAUUACCUCCUCUUCCAGCGGUUCCUUAAAAUCACACUCCCCCAGUCACCUAAAUCAUCUCAGAAACUCCGCUCAGACAUUACCAAUGGGUACAGCACGAUUAACGAGCGUUUCUUCCCAGGACUCCGGAUUUACGUCACAAGAUACCCUGUUUCUGCGACCUGCUACUCCCACGUCAUUAAAAAUUCGCCAAAAGGAUGCUGAUCAGAUCAGUACAGAUAAUGCGGACGCUGACUCCCAGGCCUCCACCCCCUCUGACAACACCCCCUCUGCCAGCUCCACCUGGACCAACUGGCCAAACCCACCCAACCCCAACACAAAAGCAGAUGACAACCGACCACAUACAAUAUCGUCUGCUUACGAAAAGACACACAAUAGGCCAGCCUUAUCAGCCAAUCUGUUUGAGCCGCCUUCAGAAAUGGCUGAGGAGGAAGAUGUUCAGAUGAGAAACAAGAAGAAAGAGAGGUCUAAUUCCUCGUCCAGUACGGGGUCAGGACAGUACGCCAGACCACAGUCCGCGACCAUUAAUAAGAUGCAACCAGUACUCCCACCUCUGGCUCCAAAACCAAAGUCUAAGGCAGUCCCGCCUCCAAAAGUCCCAACAUUAGGAGAAGCCCCAGCAUAUGUUAACAUGAGUGACCUAGCAAACAUGGCUGCUAACAAGAGGAGAGAAUCCAGCACAGAUGUAAGCCCACAAUCUACCGAGCUCCCUAUGGACCUGGUGGAAGCAAUCCAACAGUUAGAUAACGCUACCGCUGCCUUAAACAGCGAGUAUGAACAAGAGGAAGAAAAACACAAAGCCAAGAUGAAGAGGAACACGAUAGAGCUGGCCAGAGCCAUUCAGGAGCUGGAGGUUAGUACAGCUGCACUCGAGUCGACAUAUGAAGGGGACAGCAGCACCAGUCAACACUCGCUGCAGUGCUCCAGUGGUUACGGUACGAUGAACAACACUCCCGCCAACUCACAGGACACCAUAGCCAUGGGAGGAAGUCUUAAACGACGUAAUGUACAGACUAUCAGCAUGUCGCCUGACUCUAAAAAGUCCUAUUUUGAUCAUAAUACAACAGAAUGCAUAUCUGGCAAUGAAAAAUAUUUCACCAUCCCUCGUAAUUCAGAAAUAGGGAAUAUGUUCAGAGCUGAAAUGCAGGCUAAGAGACCGGCCUCCACUGCAGGUAUCCCCGUGUCGAGACAAACAGGUGCCCCCAUUACAAGGAGGAGUUCAAUGAACACCCCUAAACCACCCCCUCCAGUGAGACGAUCCUCCUCAAUAACCACAACCAACCCCCAUACUCUACAAAAACUCAGAAACACGCCUCCAAGGCAGCUCCAGCAGCCCUCCCAGGGCCAGGAGCAGGACCCUCACCGUACCUCACAUCAUCGCCGUAGUAACAGUUCAGGGGGAGAACCAGCCUAUGCUGAAUUACAGACAAUUCAAAUGAGUAUUCACGCUAGGCAACAGUUACACUAUAAUCAGCCAGAGGCAAGUCCCUACGCUUCAGUGGACACUCAGCACAUUGCUUAUUCAGCCCCUCCUACUCCCUCUCAACAAGGGAACAGGUCCAUGCCACCUAGUGGACAUUACCAGCCCCAUGCUAAUCAGGCACAAUUAAUGCAGAAGCUGAAUGCCCAGUUCUCAGCAUUGAAUGCUGCAUAUCAUCAAGAGGAUGACAGCCUUCCCCCACCCCCACCAGAACUAGUCCAGCUUGACCCCGACCUGCCUCCCCCGCCCUCAGCCGCUGAGCUGGAGGAGAUGGAAAAGGUAUACAGUACCCCUGCGGUACAGCGUCCGCCCCCCGUGAACCCCAAACCUGUACAUCAGGGAGCAGACCCCAGCAGUCUGAGGGCUUCUCUUGUGUCAGAACUGCGAGGACUACGUAAAAUGUCCAGUAGUGAAAAUGGUUCAGAGUGUUAGCAGAUGAUCAGGAGUGAUUCGUAUAUGAUGAUAUUUGCUGUCAGAGAAUCUGACAGUUUGUAGUAUUUCUUACUGUACAUGUAAACUUCACAGGUACUAAACUUAUAUUUUAUGUUCAUCGCUGCUGCAUGUACAUUUGCUACUGUGUAUUUUUUGAAUAAUUUUGUUUUAAAUAUUAUUCAUGGUUUUAAUUUAUUUUCACUUUAAAGUACUUUCCAACUGUAAAGAAGUCAUUGUGAUAUGAAGGCAAUUAUCCUUGUUUUUCAUUCCUGUACAUACAUAUGUUUAUUUCUGUAAAUUGUGGUGCAAUCACUGUCACUUUUGGUCACAGCUUCAAUGCAGUUGGUUUGCAUAAUAAAGUUGGAUCUGAUUUUAAAGUUGCCUACAGUUUAGUUAAUAUCAGUCUUUUAUCUUUUAGAAUCUAAAAAUUUCAUGUGUGAUACAGCCAAUAAAACUUCUGUGCACAAAUCAUUGAAUUUACUACAGAAUUAAGUAUUUUUUAUGUUGUGUAAAAUAGGACCUGCAGUCCUUUGCACUAGGAAAGCUGUGUUUUUGUUUUAAGUUCUUGUGUGCCAACAACUGUUGAUACAGUGUUUAAAGACCAUUUCAUAUACAUUCAUUGAUCUUCCAGUUCAAUAUUUGUCAAGUGUAAAUCAUAAAUCAGGGAGAAAAUGUCAUUGCUAUAUAGUAAGGUGUAACAGUGUAAUGUGAGCAUUAAUUGUAAACUUGAGUUCUGUGUGUGUUAUGUUUGAUUUGUGAAUCAUCUCAUCCAGUAUCAUUUGAUUGGUGGAUCAUUCUAUUCAGUAUUGUGAUUGGUGAAACAUUUCAUUCAAUUAUGUACAAAUUCACAUUCAUUUCAAUCAUUGGUCACUUUUUGCCAUUGUUCAAUGAUGCAUAGUGCAAUUUUUCAUGUAGUGCAAGUUUUUUUUUUCUAGUAUUAAUUUUACUGUAUGCUGCUAUUGUUAAUACUUUUAAUGUCAUUUGUAUUCAAAACACAAACAGCUUUACUUGAUCAGUAAGGGUUAUAUGCACUACAUCUACUAUUAUUUAUUUAUUUUUUACCAACUCGCCCCUUUAUUCUGUAUUAUUCAAAUCAAGAGAAGAAAAUGAAAUCAAAAUUUUGAUUCAACACUGAAAGAGAUUAAUGUCUAAUUUUAAAUAUAUAUCAUUUUUCUUUUGAAAUGGAUAUUUUCUACACACAUUGUAUAAUUUUAACUACACUGACUACAAAGCAAUAAUUUUUCAAGUCCUUAAUCCAGAAGCAGCAAUACAAUUGUUGACUAAUCAGAAUAAAGCUUGUAUAUUUUUAUAAUCGGUUCUAACAAGUCUGUGUUUUAAAACCAGUGGAACUGUAUAUUGCCGGUAGUUUGUGACGUACUGUUGUUAGUAAAUGUAUUACUAGCCAAAGGUAGGACAGUUUAUGAAAUGUUGUGCAUAUAACAUGCUGGAAAUAAAACAAACGUGUUAUGAA